CACUGUCACGAACAGUCAAAACUGCAGGAGAAAUUGACUGUCUAAGCAUUUUAUCAACUGAUUAUUCUGAUUUCGAUAUUGUGCUCUUCUGUCCAACGAUUAAUAUUUGUGGUAUCAUGAAAGGAAUCGAAAAUGUCAAAGAAGAUGAUAAAAAAGGUCAAGCCUGUCAAGUGUUCCAAAUACCAUUACACAAUUUAAAUCGAAUGGUUCAUGAAAUAACAAACAAAGAUCUUCAAUCCCGUUUACUUCGAGAUACAGCUUACAAAACAGUCUCAUUGACUGAUAGAUUCUGGAAACCAGUCGAUUACAAAGUAAUUGAUAUUAUUGAUGAAACUCGAGAUCAAACUGAUCAUUCAGGAAAUCUUUUUCGCCUUUCUCAUUCUGACGAAAAGUUGAGAGCCAACGAUCCAAAUGUUGCUGUGGCUGCGAACGUGAAAACAUUUUCUGACUGUUAUCGAAAUUGCAAAAACUCAGAUGAAUUAGAAUGUCGAACUUUUUCUUAUUGUUCUGGAGAGAAAACAAGUGAAUGUUUAGUUACGAAUAUGACCCCGCAAAAAGCUCCAAUUGAUCUGGCCAAGAGUGACUCAAACUGCGCAGUUUAUACCAAAAACAAUUUACUCGAUUACUCAGUGAUCAGAAAUCGCCAAUUCAAAUCAUUAUCUUCGAUUCCACUAGAAUUGAAUGUCUAUCAAUGUGCCUCAGAAUGUAGUUCAGAUGAAAACUGUGUCUCAUUCCAAAGUUGUGGCACGACUUGUACCAUGGGUGGAUUUUAUACCGAUUCGGGCACCGAAUAUGAUUCUGACUGCGAAAUUUACAUUCCUAAAGUUUCGAAUAUGUAUCAGCCCACAGGAAGAAAACUUGUAUCGGAAACUUUUCACGUCGAAUUCAAUUUAAAUUAUGAUCAAUGUGCCGCUUUAUGUUACAGUUGGACUGAUGAUUUGGACUCUUGUCAAUCGUUCAACUUCUGUCCAACAGGUCGAUCGACAAGUACUUGUUCAUUAUCGAAAUACUCGGUCAAAGAUUCGAAGACUGCAACCACAGAUGCGACGAAUUGUUCCAAUUACGAACUAGUUAAGAACUCGAAUAAGAAAAGACAACCAGCUCCCACCGAAAAAAAAGGUACCAGCGGAUCAGCAGCAUUUGGAAUAAUUUUGAUCUUCAUAGCCACUGGUUUCUUAUUCGGUAUUGGACUUCCGAUUGCAUAUUUGAAGAUGAAAACAUUAUCAAGUCGAAUUGCUCAAGGUACGUGGAACGAGCAAAGUUUCACUUGGGAGCGACAAGUGAACGAUGAAGAGCCUGAAGCUGAUGGCUACUCUGACUACAAAAGCAAUUUGUAGUAUUGGUUUGACCUUAGUCACUAAAUGAUUCGAAAUUCAAGUGUUAAAAUCACAAUCAAAAUGGAAUAAAUUAAAUAUUUUUUACAAAUUAUUGAUAAUCACGAAAUAAACUCCA